CCUGUGCUGUCCCUAACCUCGACUGAUCUGUCAGAUCCCGUUUCGCCAAGACAUGUUAUUAAGAAGGUGAAGGUCAUUGUUAGGUAUUUGCGGAACACCUUAGCAUUGUUUAUAGUGUGCACGGGUUACGCCCGAGUACUCACGAACAACAUGGAUGCUCAAAGUCUGGUUUCAUUUUCACCACCUAGCAUGUUACUGACGGGUAUAAUCGUGAUUUUACUCUAUACUAUUUACAGAUUUUCCAAACCUCGAUAUCAAAGCAACUUCCCACCUCUAAGACAAGGUUGGGUACCAUGGAUCGGAUGUGCGUUUGAGUUUGGUGUUGAACCACUUGCUUUUAUUGAUAAAAUGAGGCGAAAGAUGGGAGCUAUUUAUACCCUGUAUGUGGCAGGAGAACGACUCACCUUUCUCACUGAUGCAGAUGAUUUUCACCACUUUUUUCAGUCAGCAAAUGUAGAUUUUCAGAAAGCAGUGCAGGAUCCAGUACAGAAUAUUGCCUCAGUCAGUGAGAAGUCUUUUUUCCAGUUCCACACGAAGAUCCAUGACAUGGUGAAGGGUAGACUUGCAUCUUCUAGGCUUAUGUAUUUCCAUGACGAUCUUUGUCAUGAGUUUGACAAGGAGAUUAAUGCAGUUUUGUCUGUGAAAGGUCCCUGUAACCUCCAUGAGGUUGUAAGAAAGUCCAUGUAUAUAGCUGUCAUCAAUAACUUGUUUGGACAAGGAGUGCUCCCCACUACCGACCAGGCAAAGUUCAAGGAUUUGGAAAAGAAUUUUGUUUUGUUUGAUGAGUUGUUUGAGUAUGGAGCACGGCUACCCUCCUUUAUGAUCAGGGACUGGUCCUCUUCUAAAUGGUGGUUGAUUGGAAUGUUUAAAGAUUUGUACAAAGGCAUAAAGAACAAGGAAAGGACAGAAAAUGAGACAAUACUUCAGACUCUUCUACAUCUGGUGGAUGAUAAACAUGCCCCUAACUAUGCCCUGCUGUUUCUCUGGGCAUCCUUGGCCAAUGCUGUACCUAUAACUUUUUGGUGUUUGGUUUUUAUCCUUUCUGAUCAGAAAGUUUUAUCUGAAUUGAAAGCAGAAAUAUCAUCAACCUUAGGACCACCAGGGAAAGGUCACACAAGAAUCACAGAGAAGCAAAUCAGGGAGAUGCCAUACCUGAGGUGGUGUGUUCUAGAAGCCAUCCGCCUGAGACCUGUAGGUAUCAUCACUCGACGUGUUGUCAAGUCUUUUAAAAUAAAGGAAGUAGUGAUACCAGAGGGUGAUAUGUUGAUGUUAUCUCCAUAUUGGGCCCAUCGUAACCCCAGAUAUUUUUCUGCUUGUGAAGAAUUCAAGCCAGAUAGAUGGAAAGACGCUGACCUGGAAAAGAAUCUAUUUCUAGAUGGAUUUGUAGCGUUUGGUGGUGGGAGGUACCAGUGCCCGGGAAGGUGGUAUGCCCAGAUGGAGAUACAGAUGUAUGUUGCCCUAUUUCUGCACAAGGUGGAUUGUACUGUCCUCUCCGACCACAUUCCAUCACCAAGCACAAAGCAUUUGGUAGGAACUCAACAACCAGCAGAGCCUUUCCUUGUGGAGCUUACAUCCAAGUAACAGAGGCUGCCCUGGUAAAUCUUAUUCCCCAACAACACAAAGACUUUCCCAGUCAAUGGACUGUACAGUGUCUCUAUUUCUCUAUAAUUUGAAGUUGUCAUGUGGUUUUUUUUAAUGAAAUCAAAGUAAUGGCUGUGAUAUUAUCAUUUUUACAAAUUGGUAUACCACUAUAUUAUGAAUACCAUAGCUUAAUUUACAAGCAUAAAACAAAGUAUUGUUGUUUUGCAAUAGACUCCUAUUAACAUUCCACAUUUUAACUUACUAAUACUUUAGUAUAAUUAUACUAGCACCAGCUCAGCUGUUUGAUAAUGUUAAUAUGUCAUGCAGUAGUUUUUGCCAGACUGUAGUGUUAAAAAGGAAAUCAAUGCAACUUUGUUCUUGAUUAAAUUUCAUAUAUACAUUAUUAGUGUUGUACAUUGCUACGAAUUACAUAUUAGUACAAGAUUGUUUCUGUUUCUUGUUCCUUAUAUUAUAAUAUAAAUGUGCAAUGUGAAGCAAAUUAAAGUAAGUUUUCAAACUAUAUAAAUGUAGUAUUUUAUUAGUCAUUAAUCAUCUAAAAGAGAACAAUGUGUUGUGCAUUAUGAAAUUGAAAUAUCUGGAGAUGGAGCUAAGAUUUAUUUAUGAAUAUGAUAUUCUGGUAUUUUUUGUAUGUUAAUUUGUGAAUGUUAAUGGUGAAAGUAUACUGUAUAUAUUGUAAAAGGUAUGUCUAUUCUUCUGUUAAUCAGGUUCUGUAUCAUUGAUUAUUAUAUAAAUACUUUGCACAGUUUUUCUGAGAACAAGUGUAUGACUUAUUCAUAAUAACAUACCGGAUAAUUCUUAUGAAAUUUCAUCCACACGCUACCAAUUUUUUUUUUUUUUUCAUUUUUUUACAAUGUAGACCUAUGUAUAUUCUAUGGCAAGCCAAGUUGUCAUUUAUUCAUGGAGCAAUGUUGAUCCAGUAUUUUACCAAAUUAUAUAAGAUAUC